UCUAUGGGAAUUUUAUAUAAAUAGGGCUCAGGAUCAUAUUCAGGUCACACACAGCUGAAGUUUCAACUAGAGUACAAAUCUAUAAAGUACAAAAUGUCCAAACUCACUUGUCUUGUUUUUGCUGCAGUGGCUGUGGUUUUCAGUAACGUCAAUGCUGACGAUGACGAGACGAGAGCAUCUUUUCGUCAAGUUUUGGGUCCCUUAGUAAUGGAGUGCAGAAAUGAAUUCGGUAUCACCGAAGAUGAUUUGAAGAAGGCUCAACAAGAACGCAGUCCAGAUGCUCUAAAGCCUUGCUUCAUAGCUUGCGUUUUUAAGAAGUUCGGAAUCAUAACAAGCGCUGGUAAAUACGACUCAGAUGCCAGUAUUUCCAGAAUAAAAGAUGUGGUGAAGAAUGACGAUCUCUUUGCAAAACUGAAGAGCGUUGGAGAAAAAUGCAAUUCAGUGAACGAUGCUUCUGUGAGCGAUGGUGAUGCCGGGUGUGAGAGGGCAGCGCUGCUGGCAAAAUGCUUCAUAGAAAAUAAAUCUGAGCUCUCCAUUUAAUCGAUGUUCAAGAACGAGUUUCACCAUUAGCAGAAAAUCAACAUAGGCAAUGAUUUGUUUUAUUUAUAAGGAAUAAAUGUUAUUUGAAUUAGCA